AUGCAGCGGCGCUUCUCAUCUCUGGAGGUGCAGCUCAGCGUCGUCUGCUCACUGCUGCUGGUUUGCUGUGUCGCCCUGAUUGCCCUCUGCUGGACGAGCCUGCAGCCUGCAGGCAGCGCCCCGGCCGUGCUCGGCGGACGGAUGGCGAUCACGGGUGGCGUCGUCUUCACAGAGCAGCUGAGCAAUUCCAGCAGCUUGCAGUUCAAAUCCCUGGCAUACGAUGUCCAACAGCUGGUGGCGGAGGCGUUUGAGCGUGGCGACCUCAGAGACGACUUCAAGGCCUGUCAGGUUGUGCGCUUCAGCAAGGGCAGUGUGGUGGUGACCUUUGACCUUUGGUUCCAUCAGCCUAUUGAUGGAAAAGAGGCGGAGCAGGAGCUGAGGGCGGGGCUUCAGGAUACUGUGACGGAGGGCCUAGUGAUUGACAGCAGCAGCAUCCAAAUCACAGGGCCGUGUCCUCCUGCUCAGAUGCCGUGUGGCGAUGCGUCCACAUGCAUUCCCACAAUUCAGUUCUGUGACGGAGCCUACGACUGUCCUGACGGCUCGGACGAAGACGCCGCUCUCUGUGCAACGGCGUGUGACGGACAGUUCGUCCUGCUGGGGCCGAGCGGCUCGUUCCGCUCGGGGAACUUCCCUCAGCCCUACAACAGCAGCAGCUCCUGUCGCUGGAUCAUACGAGUCCAGCGAGGCCUUUCUGUGGAGGUGAGCUUCCAGCAGUUUGAGACGGAGGAGGACAGCGACACGCUGCGUCUGUACGAGGGGAUCGGACCGGACAAACACCUCGUAGCGGUGUUGUCAGGCUCCACCCCCCCUGGGACUGUGUGGCUGCUAUCCGACCAAUCAACUGUGGAGUUUUCUUCUGAUGACUACAACAACCUAUCAGGGUUCAACGCCACCUACAGUGCAGCCAACACCUCCAGCCUCUCCAAUGAGGAGAAGCUGACCUGUUCCUUUGAGCAAGGCAUGUGCUUCUGGAGGCAGGAAGGAGACGACGAAGGAGAUUGGAUUCGAACCAGCGGCCCGACCUUCCCUCCCUUCACCGGGCCGAGUGUUGACCACACCCUGGGCAACGCGUCAGGUCACUACAUCGUCACUCCUCUGAGCCCUGGCCAAUGGGAGAGGAGCUUCCGGAUCCGCAGCCUCCCUCUGACUCCGCCCACCCAGCCCAUGUGCCUUCGGUUUUGGUACCACAUGUUUGGCGAGGACGUCCACCGGCUGAGGGUUCUGCUGGUGGGACACUUGCCGCCCGGCGUUGAGGCAGCGGUUACCGUGCUGUUUCAGAGAGACGGUAACUACGGCGACAACUGGAACUACGGGCAGGUCACCCUGAACCUGACGGCCGAGGCGACGGUGAUGUUUGAAGCUCUGAAGAAAGGAGGGAUGAGGAACGACAUCGCUCUGGAUGACAUCGUUCUGACCGCCGCUUCCUGUGGCGUGGCCCCCCCUGACCCGACCACCAUCCCCCCGCCCACCACCGCCCCCCCCAUGCCUGUGGACUGCGGCGGGCCCUUUGACCUCUGGGAGCCAAACUCCACCUUCAGCUCUCCAAACUACCCACAAUCCUAUGGGAACAGGGCUAACUGUGUGUGGACUCUUCACGCCAGAGAGGGCUGGAACAUCCGGCUGCACUUCCUGGAUCUGGACGUGGAGGCGACCUAUGACAUCGUAGAAGUCCGGGAUGGGGCGGGGCCAAACUCUGCUUUGCUGGGUGUCUUCACUGGCAGUCCAAGCCCCUCCCCUGACCUGUUCUCAACAGCCAAUCAGAUGACUGUGAGGUUCUACACUGACAAAUCAGGACACGGCAGAGGAUUCAAAGCCAACUUCACCUCUGGCCUCAACCUCGGGGUGCCAGAGCCGUGUCCAGCAGCUCAGUUCCGGUGCGGGACGGGACGCUGUAUCCACGGUAACGGUCAGUGUGACGGUGUCGUUGACUGUCCUGACGCCUCUGAUGAAGCCGACUGCGUCCAUGUGUCACAGGUGAACGGCUCCAGUCGCCUGCAGGUGCAGCGCCACACUUCACUGUUCACAGUCUGUGCUCAAGACUGGAACACACACCUGUCCAACCUCACCUGCACCUACCUGGGAUACAGGUCGGGGAGGGCGACGCUGCUGCCGGCGCUGCCCGGCGACUCGCCGUUUGCAACCGUGAGCAGCGACCGCAACGGAUCCCUGGAGCUCAACGUCAGUGAAACCUGUGCAGGUGAACGAGUGAUUUCACUGAGUUGUGACAACCAGCCUUGUGGUGUGCGUCUGGUCUCCACGGAGAUGGGCGGCAGAGGACUGACAGACCAAUCAGGAGGGAGGAGGCACAGCCAAGGUUUCCGAGUGGUGGGGGGGGUGGACGCCGUGAAGGGGGCGUGGCCUUGGCUGGUGUCUCUGUAUUGGCGAGGGCGUCACGUGUGCGGAGCCUCUCUGAUUGGCCGGCAGUGGCUGCUGACGGCGGCACACUGCGUGUUCGGUAAGAACCUUCAUCUCCAGUUGUGGAGGGCGACACUCGGCCUCCACUCCCACAGCGACCAGGGCCCGGACGUCCAGACCCGACUCAUCGAUCACGUCGUCAUCCACCGACGGUACAACAGGCAGACCAAGCAGGCCGACGUCGCCAUGAUGCACCUCCAGACGCCGGUCCACUUCUCCGACUACGUCCAGCCGGUGUGUUUACCUCGGGACAAUCAGCAGUUUGAAGCAGGAAGGAAAUGUUUCAUCGCUGGAUGGGGAGCAGAAGCUGAGCAGGGUCCUUCAGCUGAUGUUCUGCAGGAGGCCCAGGUUCCUCUGGUUCCUCAGGUUCAGUGUCAGCUUCAGUUACCAGAAUACAACAUCACAUCCAGCAUGCUGUGUGCUGGCUACCCCGAGGGAGGCAUCGACUCCUGCCAGGGCGACUCUGGAGGUCCACUGAUGUGUUUGGAGGACGGACACUGGACACUGAUCGGUGUGACAUCGUUUGGGGUCGGCUGUGGUCGACCUCAGAGACCUGGAGUUUAUGCCCGUGUCUCCUCCUUCGCCUCGUGGAUUGCCCAGACCAGACGCUCCUCCCCCCCCUCGUCCCGGGACAGGGAGCAGAGAGGAGCAGUUUGUUUGUAUUCUGCUGGGAUCUGAGCUGUUUCCUCCUCGCCUCGUUAAAAUUGCGCUUCACUUUAAAGAAAACAAGACACGCUCAGGGUUUCUGUGUCAGUCUGAGUAACCCUGGUAACCCCCCCCCUCAACACACACACACACACACACACACACACAGGCUCUGGCUGAGGCCCCGGUGCCCUGUUUUAGUUUAGCUAGCAGUGUGUGUGUGUGUGUGUUAUUAAAUGACUCACAGAGGGUAAAGCAGGAAAUGACACCUGAGCCACUUUUUUUCCUGAUUUUUUUUUUAAUGUUUCAGAAUUUUUGGUCAUUGCUCGUCACCUUCUCCUCCAUGUUUGUGAAAGAAAUCGAGUGAGUUCGCUCGUCGUGGCUUCUUCCUGGAACAAGGCGGAGUCGGAACUUCAUCACACCAAAACUUUAUUUCGAUCAAACGGGAAUAAAACACGGCGGUGCUGUGUGUUCGUACAGAGUGCCUGCAGUGCCCCCUGGUGGUUUGGAAAGGCAAAUGAGAUAAUAAAUGACACUAACAGUGAA